ACAAGAUCGCAAACAUGAGAAGAAGCAAAUCAGACACGAGUAACAUGGUUCAAUCGUGUAUGUUCUGUUUAAUUGCGCACGGCCAGGACAAAAAACCGGAAAUCAUUCAAAAGAAUAAUGAGCUGGUGUGUUUCCGGGACAUUUGCCCUGCUGCUCCUCAUCACUACCUGGUUAUUCCCAAACAGCACAUAUGCAGCUGUUUGUCAAUGCACAGAGGACACAUCAACCUCGUUGAAAGGAUGGUUGAAAUGGGGAAAGCUGUGCUGCUCGACCAAGGGAUCACUGAUAUGAAGGACAUAAGGCUGGGGUUCCACCAACCUCCCUAUAUCUCUGUAAAUCACCUCCACCUCCAUGUGAUCGCCCCCGCCAGCCAAAUCUCAAAGUCCUUGGGGUAUAAAUUCAUUCCAGGGACAACCAGUUUUGUCACCGAAGGUCAUCUACGGAUUCGACUAAAAGAUAUUCCUCCCUCAACCCAGUCCUUUGUAGGACGCUGUUUGCAGAGGUGAGGCAGCUGCUCCCAAGCUGGAUUUUGGAUAAUUGCAAAGAAGCCGCAAAUGUCUCACAAGAGUCUUUGAAGUGGAGACACUACAGUGACUACUGUAUUAUAAACAGACAUUUGAAAGAGGAGGAAAUAUAUCUGGAAAAUGAAAUCUUGCCAAAAGAUGAACACUCAUUAUUGCAAUACAUCAUAUUUUGAGUAGUGUGUGUGUGUGUGUGUGUGUGUGUGUAGUCACGUGUGGGUAUGAAUGUGCACAAAGUGUUAUAACAGAAUAAUGAAAUGACUGCAUUGUGCAUCACGGUGGUGUGUUCAAUGGUUUGGAAUAAAAAUAAAACAUU